CCAUUUCCCCCCAAUCCCAUAUGUAAAAAAAUAAAAGUUUUUGUCGGAAAUCGACGAUCAUAUAUAAACACGUGGUCAGUCGACGUAAAAUAUACUAGAACCGUAAGAUUGCCGGAAUUUGAUGUGAAAAGAAAAGUACAACUGAAUGAAGGUUGCGGAUAAUUUACACGUCGAAUUAUGUUCAUCACGUAUUUGAAAAAGAUGGGGUGGCCAAUUGUGAAAAAGUUACAAAAAUCUGAUUUCCACCUGCUUUUAAGACACCGAACACCAUUGCAAUUCUUGGGUGUAGUUUAGUAUGGUACUAUUAGCCUUGUGCCUAGAGUAGAAAUGAAUAUUGGCAAUGUUGAAUUGCUAUGUCAUUUAACUAUCCUCUUUAUCUCAGUGACUCUUUUCUUUUAUUUCAGAAUAUCACAUUCUGUUGACAUAAAAGAAAUUACUUCAUCCAGAUGUGCCUUUGAUAGUUUUAUCAACUUUUAUUGACUAAAGGAAGACGAUAUAUUUAUCAGAAGCAUUCAUCAAUACAUCUACGUUUUUAUAUAAAGAAAGUCUAUGACAAAAUAUUGCGAAAUAUUUCUUCUGGACGAUGGAAUUAACAGCAACAAUUUGAAGUCUUUGCUGUCUGGAAUAUAGAGGAGAUGAUUGUUUUACAGGUUAAUUAAGCUUGGAUAACUUUACAAAGGUGUAGACAAUUGUCACCUUUUGAUUUAGAUCUCAGCUGAAAGAAACGGCAUUAAAUUAUUCCCCAAAAAUAGUGACAAAACUGAACACAAACAUUCUCAUAGAAAUAAAAUAAACACUAUCAAUGUGAUAUUUAUGACAGAUUAUCCUCUCAUAAUGAAUCCUUUAACUGAAGCAAACAACCCUGAUACAGGUGAGAAACCAUAUCACUCUACUACCUGCAGUGUAUCAUUCUGUCAGAGUGGUGUCUUGACUAUAGAUGAACCUUCACAUACUGGGGAAAAACCAUAUCCAUGUGAUAUCUGUGGUAAAUCAUUCUCUCAAAGGAGUAACUUGACGCAACACUUAUAUACUCAUACAGGAGAAAAGCCAUAUCAUUGUGAUAUCUGUGCUAAAUCAUUCUCUCAAAGGAGUAACUUGACACAACACUUUUAUACACAUAGAGGAGAAAAGUCAUAUAAUUGUGAUAUUUGUGGUAAAUCAUUCUCUCGUAGUACUUACUUAACUAAGCACAAACUUACACAUACAGGAAAAAAGCCAUAUCAUUGUGAUAUCUGUAGUAAAUCAUUCUCUCAAAAUUGUAAUUUAAAUGACCACAAACGUAGACAUACAGGAGAGAAGCCAUAUCGUUGUGGUAUUUGUGGUAAAUCUUUCUCUCAAGGUAGUCAUUUGACUAAACACAAACUUACACAUACAGGUGAGAAGCCAUAUCACUGUGAUAUCUGUGGUAAAUCAUUCUCUCAAAGUAGUAUUUUAACUGGCCACAAACGUAGACAUACAGGAGAGAAGCCAUAUCACUGUGAUAUCUGUGGUAAAUCAUUCUCUCAAAGUAGUAUUUUAACAGGCCACAAACGUAGACAUACAGGGGAAAGACCAUAUCAUUGUGAUAUCUGUGGUAAAUCAUUUUCUAGAAGUGGUGAUGUGACUAGACACAAACGUACGCAUACGGGAGUGAAGCCAUACCAUUGUGAAAUCUGUGGUAAAUCAUUCUCUCAAAGUAUUAUUUUAACUGACCACAAACGUACACAUACAGGUGAGAAACCACACCAUUGUGAUACCUGUGGUAAAUCAUACUUUAGAAAUAGUCAGUUGACUAUUCACAAACGUGUUCAUACGGGAGAGAAGCCAUAUCAUUGUGACAUCUGUGGUGAAUCAUUCCCUCAAAAAGGUCACUUAAGUAGACAUUUGAGUAUUCAUACACAAGCGUAAAAAUAUCAAUAUAAAAAUUUAUUACAACAUAUCAACAAUUAUGAUUUUUUUGUCUUCUACCAGACAAGGUGUCUCCCUCUUCAAGCUUGAUGUAUUUAACUUCAAUUUCAUUAAUAUCAACUUCAGUAUCAUGGAUAUAUCUAAAUAUAUCAACACAGUGAGAACUUUGAUCUUUGAAGAGGAUUGUGCUGGAGUUUUUGAGGAAUUUGUUAGGAGAGAAUAAAGGAAUGGGAAUAAGGAAUAAAAGUUUUAAGUGACA